GGCAGCGGAGUCUGCUGCCGCCGGGCUCCAGUGCUGUAGGGGGCACCUAGAUCCAGCCUCCUCCAUUGCACUCUGACCGCAGGGCCUUAACUAGGGUAGUGCGGAUGGUGUUCAGACCACAUUUGCCCUGUGGGCACACCAUCCGCAGGCACCCGCCGAUGCGUGCGGUACCACGGUUACGCCACUCUACUGUCCUCCCUCCCACCUCCUCCCCCCAGCCAGUCAUCUCAAUCUGCAAUCUUCCACCAAACCACGCCCCCUUGUGACAAUCGUGGAAGUUCUUCCCCGCCACACAGAAACAGGACACCGUGACAGGCAGCUGAUCAUCCUGGUGUCCACACCGCACAGGGAACCAGAAUGUUCAAUGCCAGUGAUGGAAGCACUGAUCACACUCUGCAAUCUCUCUGCGUUACUUGCCCGGCACAUCUCUUCACCAUACUGGUUUUCGCUAUCACCUUUCUGGUGGGUCUCCCUGGCAAUAUUCUGGUGCUAUGGGUCACUGGCGUGAAGAUGAAAUGGACAGUGAAUACCAUUUGGUUUUGGAACCUUGCUUUGGCCGACAUAACCUGCUGCCUGAGCCUCCCGUUCUCCAUCGCACAGUCCUUCUAUUGGGAAUGGCUGUAUGGCCCAGCGCUCUGCAAGAUCUUACCUUCCAUCGUAAUCCUUAAUAUGUUUGCCAGCAUCUUCACCCUUGUGGCUAUAAGCAUCGACCGCUGCAUCCUGGUUGUCAUGCCCGUGUGGGCACAGAAUCACCGCAGCCUACGGAUGGCGUGGCUGGUCUGCUUGAUCAUCUGGAUACUGUCAUUCCUGAUGUGUCUUCCUGCCUUUAUAUACCGAGAGACCUACUUAUAUGAAAACACCACUCUGUGUGGCUACGAGUACAAAGACCAUACAGACAGUGAACAUACCGAGAGCUUCAGUUAUAAUUUAGAUUAUAAUAACAUUGACGACUCGUUAAUGAAUUUGUUCUCGGAUGAGAGCUUAGUGUCUAUUGGCGCACAUGCUUCAGAUACCGAAGUCAUCAUUGCCACUACACGUAUGAUAUUCGGCUUUCUAUUUCCUCUUGUGAUCAUAUCUGCCUGUUACAUCCGCCUCGCUCUUAAAGUUAAAGAUUCCAGAUUUGGGAAGGAAGGCAGAAAAACCACAAAGGUGGUAUUUGCUAUCAUAGCGGCAUUUUUUGUGACCUGGGCUCCCUACCACAUCAUUGGCAUAAUCAUGCUCUACAUUAAAAAUACAACAGUGGGUCAUCUAGAUGAACUCUCCCAAGCCUUUGCUUAUUCCAACAGCUGCAUCAACCCAAUACUGUACGUCUUCAUGGGCAAAGACUUCAAGAGCAAGCUGCGACAAUCCCUGCACAAGCUCAUGGAGAGCGCGUUUAGCGAAGAAAUUACGAAACCCACCGAAUGCAGCAAGAGUAAAACCUCCAACCAAGAAAGUGUCACCGUGUGAGGGUAUCAAGAGCUUCCAACUUAAAUGCCCAGCAAUGUUGAUGGUAGACUUCCGUUGAUGGUAACCUCAGUAAGAGUAAGGACCUAUCGUUAAGUAAACAGGAAAAAUUUAUCCAUGUAGGCAAGUCUGAGCCUUGGAACAAUCUUGAAAUAAUUUGUGGGCAUCUUGAAUAGGUUAUAAUUCAAAGCCUACAUGCUCUUCACAAACUUCAUCAUUGCAUUUUCAUUUUACAAUUAAAUUAAUGUCAUCAGUUUCGUACAAGUAUUGCUAAGGUGGGCUUUUCCCACCUAGGCUGGACCUUCCAGCAAGGUGGGGUCAUAUUUGAAGGUACGGAAUGGAAAAUAUCUCAUAGCACUUCUCUUAUUCCAGAACUUCUCUAAUUUGUAGUCACAGUUUCAAAUCGAGCUGAGCUUCAAACUUGGUACUCCAUAUGUCUUAUGAGCAGGGACAGACUGGGGACUUCACGGCUUCUCUGUGACCGGUCCGGCCAACCUGCCCUUCGGCCCUUCUUGAAUUUGCCAAAAGUGCCAGACGGGUAGUCCGGCCAUGCUUAUCAAUGUUUUCUUCCUAUAAUAAAAGGUAGUACCGGUACUCGGAAAAUAUGUUGUUAUUCACCUAAAGAUCUAUAGUAGUUUCCACACCCUGGAAAGUCUUCAGACAUUUAUUUUACUUAUUUCUGAAACUAUGUCAGUGGUUUACUCCUGUUUUAUCAGAACAUUUCAAGAAUUAGAAAUUAUACCAGGUGCAAGUUCUACGUUCUGUUGGGCUUCAUCAGGACACUGUAUGUCUAUGCUAUCCAAGUAUGGUGAAAUCACAAUACAAAUGA